AGAUAGCAGAGAUGAUGGGGUGUCAUGUACUGUUAGCUACAAACAUAAAUAUUUACCCGUGUAACAUUAUCUCUAGGCUAACAGUUCUAGCUUUGGAUAACGCCGGCUUGUCAAUUUUGGAAGUAUCCUUCUGACUGUGUCACCUAGUUAGCAUUUUUACUAAUCUCCUAUUGUAAAUAAUCCGUCAGGUCGGGGGCAUGCAUAUAGCUGUUUGAGAGCUAUGGUUUAAUGGUGCUACCCAUACUGUUGGGAAUUGUAAUAUUCAGCGGUCUCUCUACUCUAUGCCACAACGAUAAGCCACACGUGCCCUUAGCUACCUUCUUUUAAUUGUGCGCGUUCCCGCAAUAGUGUCCGCCAUUUUGAUAAAAAAAAGAUGACCGCAUCCUUGUCUGUCUUGCUCCAAUCUUGAGGGUAAAAGCGACAAUUCAUUUACUGGCGCUGGGAUUAAUUGUACUAUACACGGGUGGAAGGGUCAGGCAGCCUCUGGUGAGCUGUCAAAGAAACACUCGCCAGAUUACUGACAGAUUUGGUUGAUGGGACGUGCAGCUCCAGUUGACUGGUUGGAACAUAAACAAACUGCUCAACUAGCUACUUUAGCAGACUGACACUGACGCCCUGGAGCUAAAUUACAAGACAGUUUGUCGGUGUGUGCCAAUGGUGUGAGUAAUCGUCCAUGCAGAUGACCAUUCCUUCCUUGGUCUUUAAGACAAAUGACUGAAGAGGUCUGACCAAGGACACACAUUACUUAGCAGCAGCAGCUAUGUUCUGGAAGUUUGACCUGCACACGUCGUCCCAGCUAGAGGCCCUGCUGGAGAAGGAUGAUGUCACACUCACUGAGCUCAUGGAGGAGGAGGACGUACUGCAGGAGUGCAAGGCCCAGAACCGCAGGCUGCUGGUCUUCCUGUCCCAGGACACCUGCAUGCAGGAGCUGCUGCACCUCAUCACCACAGAGCCCCCUGCUGGCCUGGAAGAAACAAGACGUUUUAAGCACCCUAACAUAGCGUGUGAGCUGCUGACGAGUGAUGUGGGAGUGAUAAAUGAUAAGCUGGGUGGAGAGAAGCCCCUGCUGGAUACCCUGUACUCUUUCCUGGAGCAGCCACCUCCCCUCAACCCCCUUCUCGCGUCCUUCUUCAGCAAGACCAUCGGAAACCUCAUCACACGCAAGACCGAACAGGUGAUCUCCUUUCUGCGGGGAAAGGAGGGUUUCCUGGGUCUGGUCCUGAAUCACAUCAACACAUCAGCCAUGAUGGACCUCCUGCUACGCCUCAUCAGCUGUGUAGAACCUGCUCCUCUCAGACAGGACACACUCAACUGGUUAAAUGAAGAGCGGCUGGCCCAGAGGCUUAUAGAGCUAAUCCACCCUGGGAAAGACGAGGAGAAACAGUCAAAUGCAUCCCAGACUGUGUGUGACAUCAUCCGUCUGAGCAGAGACCAGGCCAAUCAGCUCCAAGAGAACUCUGAGGCUGACCCUCUGCUCGCCGUGCUGGAGUCGCAGGAGUGUGUGGGUCAGCUGCUGGACAACAUGUUUGUGGGCGAGAGGACAGAGAGCUGCAUCAUCUACGGAACUCAAGUCCUUCUCACCUUACUGGAAAUCAGGAGGCCAGGGGUGGAGGGUGUGUUGGAUGUGUGUGUUCAGGGACAUGAGAGGUGUGUCAACAGCAGCAUCCUGCAGGCCAUCCAACCCCACCUCACACACUACCACCAACUACUGCUGGAUCCACCCAGGGUGACCCCCAUGCUUACCAGUCUAGGUGUGUUGGAGGUGCCACUGGGUAACUGUCGUCUCCAUGUGGCCAGACUGAUGGCCUCGCUGCUACAGACCACUAACACCAGUUAUUACACCUGUUGUAACAACACCAUUUAUAACAACACCGUCACACUGGAGCUCUGCAGACUCAACACCAUAAACAUUCUACUGGACCUGUUCUUUAAGUACACCUGGAACAACUUCCUGCACUUCCAAGUGGAGCUGUGUGUGGCAGCCAUCCUCAGCCACUCUGCCCAGGAGCAGAGGCCCCUGGUCGCCCUGGUUACCCAGGAAAAGCCCAGGCUUCAGCAGGAGCCCCAGGAGAAGCAGGCCUCGCCUGGCCCCACCCCCCCACUGCCCUCUGUUCCUCCUGACAUCUCCACACAUAACCCACUGGUGACCCAUUUGUUUCAGGACUGUCGUCUGGUUCAGAGGAUAUUGGAGGCCUGGGAGGAGAAUGAUAAGAUUCAGGCGGAGGGGGGUAUGAGGAGAGGCUACAUGGGUCACCUGACUAGGAUCGCCAAUACUGUAGUCUGUAACAUGGAGAAAGGACCGGUACACACCCAGAUCAGCAGCCUCAUUACAGAGCUGCUUGAGGAUUGCAAGGGGCGCUGGGAGACCUUUGUAGACCAGGACCUGACAGAGAUCAACAGGAAGAACACUGUAGACCUGGUGUCUCACAACCUGCGCUCCUCCAGUGAAGACGAUGACAGACAGAGUCCCUUCCCCAAAGAGCUGUCACUGCAACAAACAUUCUCAGACUAUCAGAUCCAGCAGAUGACUGCUAACUUUGUGGAUCAGUUUGGCUUCAAUGACGACGAGUUCUCAGAACACGGCGACAACAUCAACGCCACCUUUGACCGGAUCGCAGAGAUUAACUUCAAUGUGGACACAGAGGACACCGCUAAGACUGUGGCGUUUGAGGCCUGCACUAAGGAGAAGAUCCAGUCGUUUGAUGACAACGAAGAGGAAGAUAUCUGGGAGGAGAGAGAGAUCAACUAUACUACACACACCAGGUCCAGGACCAGGUUUGGGGGGUCGCGGACGUCUGUUGGAUCGGCUCAGAGUGAUGGGGUGAGCGAUACUCCUGAUAGGUCAACAGGUUCUGACACUGAGGAGUGGGAGGUGCCUAAUGAGUUCACAGGUCAGACAGAACACAGCAAGAACAUCAGCCAGACUGAGACUGCACAGAGUAAGGACGACUAUUUGAACCCAGGCCCUGGCUGGGCGGCUAGUUUCGGGGAGGUGAACUCUAAGGCCCCCUCUCCUGGAGUGGGCGUGGAUCCAUGGGCUAAUCCCACCCCCAAGCCUGGAGUGGGUGUAGACCCAUGGGGUAGCCCUGCCCCCACACCUGGAGUGGGCGUAGACCCAUGGGGUAGCCCCGCUUCUAAGUCCGGAGUGGGCAUGGAUCCAUGGACUAGCCCCACUCCCAAGUCUGAAGUGGGCGUAGACUCAUGGGACACCCCUGCCCCCAAGUCAGGAGUUGGCGUGGACGCAUGGGGCAGCCCCACCCCCCAGCCCGUAACCACAGAGGCAGAGAAGGGCUGGGCCAAGUUCACUGACUUUCAGCCCUUCUGCUGUUCAGAGACAGGUCCGAGGUGCACUUCUCCAGUAGACUCAGAGAUCUGUGGGUCAGACAAAACAAAACCCAGCCAGGACAAGAACUCGUGUGUGUGGAGUGUGUGUGUGGCGAGGAAGGCUCCCCUGGUAGCAUCAGACAGCUCUUCAUCAGGAGGCUCAGAAAGUGAUGAAGAGGAGGACAAGACUGAAUCUGUUACUAUGGAGACGGUAUCCAAGGAAAUGGUCACUACAGAGACCGUUGUCACAACCGCCGGACGGGAGACCAUCAGACUUAGCAUGGACGCCAAGAACGAGAGAGCUGUCUUCACCAGAGUGUUUCAUCCUGCAGUCAGAGGUGAGGCUGACAUGAGAGAGAAAGAGAAGAUGAAAGAGAGGGUGUUGGGUGGAGGAGACCCUCUCAAUGCCACCGCUGCUCCCCUCAAAAUUCGGCCUGCUACCGUCACAAAAGACACACCAUCCUCGGCAAACGGACCGGCCUAGUACUACGGUACCACAACACACACAUACACUCCAUUCCCUAGCAAACACUAACACACUCCACUUCCCAACAACACUCCAUGCCAUGCAAUGUCCUGUAUUCGUGAGCAGUGCUGCCCUGCCAUAGGUCUGUGUCUAGGACAUCUACGGUGGCUGAGAGGGUCAACAAGCAGAAGAGAAAAGCGAUUGCGGAAGCCAGACCACAGCUCCUAAACACAACAGCUUAUAAACAGAUUAAUGUGAUGUUUGUCCCUGCCCUUCUGCUGUAGUCUGUCCUACACACCUAUCACAUCACCACACUGCGACAUGUGUGUGUGUGCGAUCAAGCUUUAUGUAGUCUUGUUGUUAGUUCUUGGCUCAGCUCUCCAGCUGGCCGUGUUUUUUACACUCUUUGUUAAGUAGAGAGACGACACUCCAUUCUCGCCGUAGUCACAUCCUCAGCCCAGAGUAAAGUCUGAGACCAGGGGAUGAGGGGAAUGUGUAGUCUGUACUGACAGUAAGAUCCUCAAAGACUAAAUGUGUUCUAAAAAUGUGUUCCUAGUUUAAAUUAUUUGACUCAAUCAUUUCAUCAUAGAAAAUCCAGACUGAUUAUGAAAAUCCACCACUAUCUUUCUCCCUCUCUUUGUGUGGACUAUUACAGGUAAUUAAAAUAGUCUGUUCUUUCUC